CGCCGCGAGGAGGAGGUGGAGGAGGAGGCGGCUCGGGGAGAUCGAGCAGCGAGCUGGAGCGCGGAGCGUGAGUGAGGGAGCCGAGCUGCCUGCCCGCCCGCCGCCGCCUCCCCUCCGUAAGCAGGAGCCCGGGCCGGGGCCCGGCACGCAGCCCCAGCCCCUCCCUCGUCGUCAGGCCGCGAGGGCAGCGCUCGCGAGCCAGGGGGAGGGAAAGCGAGCGAGCGAGCGCCGGGAGGAGGCGGUCGGACCGAGCGAGCGCCCGCGCGUGUGGCGUGAGGGGAAGCCGCUGCCCGCCCCCUUCGCCUUCCCUUCUCUCCCCCUCCCCACUCCCCCCCCCCUCGACCGCGGAGCAGCACCAUGUCGGCGCCGGCGGCCAAAGUCAGUAAAAAGGAGCUCAACUCCAACCACGACGGGGCCGACGAGACUUCAGAAAAAGAACAGCAAGAAGCAAUUGAACAUAUUGAUGAAGUACAAAAUGAAACAGACAGACUUAAUGAACAAGCCAGUGAGGAGAUUUUGAAAGUAGAACAGAAAUAUAACAAACUCCGCCAACCAUUUUUUCAGAAGAGGUCGGAAUUGAUCGCCAAGAUCCCAAAUUUUUGGGUAACGACAUUUGUUAACCAUCCACAAGUGUCGGCACUGCUUGGGGAGGAGGAUGAAGAGGCGCUGCAUUAUUUGACAAGAGUCGAAGUGACAGAAUUUGAAGAUAUUAAAUCAGGUUACAGAAUAGAUUUUUAUUUUGAUGAAAACCCUUACUUUGAAAAUAAAGUUCUCUCCAAAGAAUUUCAUCUGAAUGAGAGUGGUGAUCCAUCUUCAAAGUCCACUGAAAUCAAAUGGAAAUCCGGAAAGGAUUUGACAAAACGUUCAAGUCAAACUCAGAAUAAAGUCAGCAGGAAGAGACAGCAUGAGGAACCAGAAAGCUUCUUCACCUGGUUUACUGAUCAUUCUGAUGCAGGUGCAGAUGAGUUAGGAGAGGUCAUCAAAGAUGAUAUUUGGCCAAAUCCAUUACAGUACUACUUGGUUCCGGACAUGGAUGAUGAGGAAGGGGAGGGAGAAGAAGAUGAUGAUGAUGAUGAAGAAGAAGAAGGAUUGGAAGAUAUUGAUGAAGAAGGGGAUGAGGACGAAGGUGAAGAAGAUGAAGAUGAUGAUGAGGGGGAGGAAGGAGAGGAAGAUGAAGGAGAAGACGACUAAUGGAACACUGAUGGAUUCCGACCUUCCUUUUUUAAUUUUCUCCAGUCCCUGGGAGCAAGUUGCAGUCUUUUUUUUUUUUUUUUUCUCCUUCUCC